UUUUGAUAAUAAAUGACAAAUAAUCACGAUUAGGAAGUACCUAUGAAAUGAAACAUUAUGAUCUCGAGGAGGAUGCACAAGCAAAUAUUUAGCAGCUAACAGCCUCAGGAGUCAGGAUACAAAUUAAAUAACAAUUUAAGGUUGCCUAAGGAGAAUGGAGGAGUUGUCAACAGGAGCCCAAGAAACUAAUGAUGUUAAGAGUGAAGAGAACAGUCCUCAAAAUGGAAAUGGAAGGGACUCUCCACCUCCAAAUUGUGCAAUAUGCCUUGGGACAUGUAAAAAUAAAUCAUUCACAGAUUCAUGUCUGCAUCAGUUCUGUUUCAAAUGUCUCCUCACAUGGAGUAAAGUUAAAGCUGAGUGUCCCUUGUGUAAACAGAACUUUAAAUCCAUCAUUCACAGUGUGCGUUCCAUUCAUCAGUAUGAGGAAUAUUUGGUGGUUAGAGAUCCGCCGGAAGAAAUUAAUAUAGAGAGGUUUACAAAUGCAGCUCGACGAUUUCGAUACAGAACAACACUGACUAUUCCACGACGGCAGUCAAUUGCCUUUCAGCAGUUGUUACUCCAGCACUAUCCAAUGAUGGCCAAUGUGUUCAACACACCCGCUCAUCGGCGCCGGGCCCCGUCUUACUUCCGCCGGACUGUAUACAGACACAACUUAUGGGCUCGCCCUCUUCCGGACUUUACUGGACGCUACAGAGACUGCACUCCCAACUUUUAUAGGUACAAUACUUCACAAAUGCAUCGAUUGGUGCCAUGGCUCAACAGAGAGUUACACUAUCUAUUAAAUGAGAAUUCAGGACAUAUAGCUUAUGUACUGAACCAAUUGAUGAACCUGUUUCCUCGGUACCAUAUCAACUCACCGGAGUUUCGAGAGACAGCCCAAAGAUAUUUCGGCGAGAGAACAGAUCACUUUUUGCAUGAAUUGUAUUGUUUUGCUUCGACCCCAUACGACUUAGCUGGCUAUGAUCGUAACGUGCAGUACACAACGGAUUCUAGAGUAUCGUCUAUGGUCAAUGAAGUGAUCUCCAGUUCUGAUUCAGAUUCGAGUGCGGACUCUGACAUAGUGUUGAUAACGCGAUCGGAAGCAGCCGAACCUCCGCCAGGACCCUCGCGGGUACCACCACCGCCACCAACACUAUCGCUGCAAACACCACCACCUGCACCUGUCUACCCUCAUAAUAGUAUUUCCACACCAGUGCAAAACAGCAUUGUGAUUGAGACUAUAUCCCAGUCUGAGUCUGAUGGUGAUGAGGUUAUGGUUGUUGGUUAUAUUAAGCCACCACACGCUCGGACCCCUGAAGUUGUCGAUCUAUUGGGAUCAGAUAGUGAUGUUGUUGUGGAGGAAGUAGUUCCACCAGACCCACCUCAAUCUUCAACUAGUGUGACGGCUACGACAAGAGCAGAACCGGAAAAUAAACCUGAACUUCUGGUAAAAUUAAAACUGAGCCAACCACAAAAUAGUGAAACAUCUGAAACCUCGCAUGUAGACGAUAAUAAUAGCAGUUCUUACACACCACCACAAACGCGUAAGAGAAAAAUGCGGUCUAGCACCACCUCAAGUAGUCAAUCCUAUACCACAACAGAUACAACAGAAUCCAGUACAACACCUAGAUCAAGUAGUACGCAGGCCACUGCCUCUUAUUUUGGCGAUUCCAGUGAUAGCUCUUACACAGAGCUUGAAAGGAAGAAAAAGAGGAAAAGGUCUAAAAAGAAGAGUACUAGUACUAAUAAAAGUAGAACAAAAUCUAAGGAUUCUUCGCGUAAAAACAGGAAAGCUCGUAGUGAUAAAAUGAAAACCGUCAAAGAGGAACCGUCAAAUAAGAAAUGUAGGAAAUCUAAUUCUGGUGAAGGAGUGAAAAGAUCUAAAAAAUCAAGUGUAAAUACAACAACUGAAAGGGAAGAUUCUCUUGCUAAUGGAGACGGAGCUACCACCAGUGGUGUUAUAACAAGAAAUAGAUCAGAGCAGAGGAAACGCGAAAGCAGAAGACUGAAAAGUGUUGUUAAUGUUAUACAUAAGUCUUUAAAAAAUUCCAGUGUACGUGAAGCAUCCAGUCAACCGAGUUGCUCCACCUCCCAUGUGACACGAACUAUUCCACAAACGACAAAAAAGUGCUCCGCAGAAUACUCUUCCCCAGAUAAUACUGCGUCAGAUUCAUCUGAUUCCGAAUUUAAUAUACCAUUGAAUCUAACAAUUCACAGAUCAAAGUUUUCAAAAUGAGGGUACAUUGACGCAACUGUUACUGUGAUAGUUACUAUUUAGAUAUUUGUAAAUUUUGUUUAAUUUAAGAGGCCAUAGAUAUUAUUAUGAAUUUGUGGAAUGAAAUUAUUUUAGAUUAAUGUACAGCCGUAAUUAUUAUCCGGUAGUAGAUCAUUAUUCUACCUUAUAUAUGCCUAAGUAGAAUGUAAUUCAUCAAAAUAUGAUUGCUCUGUUGAGUCUACUUAAAUGAGGUUUUUAUAUAAUUUGUUUAUAGUUUUAUUCUUAUAUCUCAAGUAUAAUUAGUACAGGUAUGCUAACAUAAUAAAACUGAUUAUUUACAUUUUAGUUACUCCAUCCGUAAUUGUAAUAUGUUAAAAUUAAAACGAUAAUUGUGAAUGAUUUGUAGACAAGUGUGGGGCCAAUUAAAUUGGCGUUACAAUGUGAUUUGCAAUUGACUAUUCUUCGUAAGGGUAUGUUACUGAGAAGGACACCAGAAAGAACUGAAUGAACUUGCGUUUUUAUAGCAUAUAAUUCUUAGAUUAAAGAUUGGCCCCCGCUGCGCUCCAACUAGAUACCGCAGGCGUAGUCGCAAAAUGCGUCAACUAAUACUACGCCCAAGUGGGCGUACUUGAGCCGGUCUUCAGCAAUGUGUGACGUUGACGUUCCACAUAUUUUGUUAAACUUUGCUAAUAAUUGAAACUAAAAUGCAGAGUUGCGCAGUUAAACUUUGUAAAAAUAACACUACUUACAAGAGAUAAGAAAGACACUGGGAUCACAUAUCAUCAGUAAGUAUUUUGUAUUUUAUUAAUUUCAAUGUAAAAUAACACGAAGCGUAUAAUAGUAAAAAAAGCUAUUGUUCUUGGGUAGUGCGGUAUAUCGUUGGAGCGCAGCGGUGACCAAUCCUUAAUCUAAGAUAUAAUUAUUAAUUAGAUUACUCGAAAUCCAAACAAUAUUUAACUCGACACUUUUAAAUAAAUGCUAUAGAAUAAUAACUGGUGUAGAACAGCAUAAUAUAUCCAGGUAAGUUUUAAAAUCUUUGAGCAAUUAUGCACUAUCAUUUGACACCACGAAUGUUGACGUAUUCAGGUAACUAAAGGUUUAUUGCGGUUACAAAUCAGGGGCGUGCAUUGCUUUUCUAGCAAGGUGGCACUGUGGAUCUAACUAGUCGUAGUAAGCUUUGGAAUAUGCAAAGAUUGCUUACAAUAGGUAUCUGGUAUCUAGUGUUAGGAAUUUUUUACGCACUUUUUACACAAAUUAUCUUGCCCCAAGUUAAGCAUAUAUAGCCUGUGUUAUGGGUUACAAGACAAUGAUAUAUUUAAUACAAUAUACAUACUUAAACAUACAUAAUUUCAUAUAAACAUACAUAAAUACAUUUAAACAUCCAUGACUCGGAAACAAACAUCCAUAUUCAUUAUAUAAAUGCUUGCACCUACCGGGAUUCGAACACGGGACCUCUAGCUUAGUACUCGGCUAUACAGGUCGUCUAUUACUAUUAUUACUAUUUAUGAGUGGGUGUUCAAUAGAAGUUUAUAAUAUAGCGGAACCAAAUGAAACUAAAUUAACUUUAACACUAGUGCUAUAUUUAUCUAGGUUUAUAACGAGGUAGGCACUGCCUAAUUGCCUGUAUAAUAUGCACACCCCUCGUACAAAUACUAUGUUCUUCAUGUUUACGUCACGGAAUAACGGUCGCGCGUUGAUACAGGGACGGAAGCUUGUGAUACGUCAUCGUUGACGUCAGUAGGUGAUAGUGAGUUUGCUAGAUAGAUACUUUUGAAUGGUCUUUGUGGACCUGACGUGUGUCAAUAUCCACAACACCACAAACUUCGCCCAUUUGCAAAAGCGACAAUCUUAAUCUCAAUUUUGAACUUUCCGCUAAGUAAAUUGAAAAUUUUCAAAAAAAAAAAACGGGAAGUUAUUGGUUUUACCACGUUUUUCGUGAAUCGAGUUUUCUGAUCUGAUCUCGUCGUUUUAAGGUCCUAGGAAGCUUCCCUGAUUAUUCCCGCGAUGGUGUCCGUAUGUCUGUAUGUAUGUAUGUGUGUGUAUGGAUGUAUCUAAAGCUCUUAUGAUUUUUGAACGCCUCGACCCAUUUCACCGUGGCUUGCGCCAGUAGAAAUGGCUUGACCAAACUUAGUUUUUGAAUACCAUUCGGACCGGUAGAUUUUCAGAAAUCUCAAAAAUAACUACAAAUUUUUUAGCUUGUGUUUUUUUUUUGGAAUAACUUUUAAACGGCUUUAUCGAUCGAUUCCAAAAACUAAUCAGCGCUUAACAUCAAAAAACGACAUCGAUCGCCGCCACCAAGUCGGUCAAAAUGUUAUCCUUGAUGAAAGAAAACCGAAAAAAGUGUUUUUCGUAAUGAGCGUUAUUCCUUAUGUCAAAAUUAAUUAAUUUUCUUUCGCUAGAUGGCGCUGUCAUACUGUAGCAAUAAUUGGUGAGUAAUGAGUACCUAUAUGAUAUUAUUCUUUGAUAUUUAAUGAUUAAUAAUUAUUAUUCUGUCUGAAUAAUAAUAUAAUCUGCUGAUCUUGCAUCAUAUCGUGUUUACUUUGGAUUUAUUUAAAUUGACGACUAAGGACUGCUAUUUGGAUAGCAAUUUCUGCUUUAAAUGACGACUCGGCUACAGCUAUUGGAUUUUUGUUUGUGCUGUACGACAGUACAACUAAUUGUUUACUUACUACUAGGUACUUAGAUACUAUAAGUAUAAUCUUAUAUAUCUAGGUAACUAGAAUCUAGACAAACAAACAAAACAAGCAAAGGGGAAAUCGGAGCGAAAUCAUGAAACGUCAACGCAAGUGACAGAAUAUUAAUAUGAUCUAUGUUUGACGUUUAUUGCUAUGACUCGGGAAUUCAUAUGGGUUGUUAGAGCACCGCCAUCUAUCGUCAUCUUCAGAAAAAUAAAAAUUGAAUAACGCUCAUUACUUCGAAAUUCCCCGUUCGAUCAAUUGGAACUCGAAGAUUCUUUAUGAGACUCAUAAAACUCCCUCGAAUGCCGCCAUUCAAAAGUUAUUGCCGUUUGAAAAUUAAAAAAAAAGUGUUUCAUUAAACUUUUAUCAAACAUGAUUUUGAGAAUGAGUUUUUAAAAUUACUUCGAAAUUUAAUGUUAAUCUUACCGAAUGCAUGUUCUGAGUUCUUUAAGUGUGUGCUGACAUACGAAAGGGCUUAACCAAACUGAGAUUUUUGAUACAAUUUGAACUGGUAGAUUUUGAGAAAUCUCAAGACAACUAUGAAAAAACAACGUUUUUUGGAAUAGUUUUUAAACGUAUUUACCGAUCGACUGAAAACUUAUAAAAUAGGGUUUAAUUUAACUUUUAUCAGACUUUUGAGUUCGAAGAGCUAUCUGUUAGCUAUCUGUUUGAGCUCUAAAAGCUCAAAUGACACAAAUUAUAUUUUUGACCUUGAAUAAUCUCAAAAUCGUCAAAAGUACAAUUUGAAGCGAAUUAGCGACAAGUUGCAGUAGUGGCCUUUGGGGUCAACCGUUUUCCUAAUCUAUACUAAUAUUAUAAAGCUGCAGUGUUUGUUUGAACGCGCUAAUCUCUGGUACUACUGGUCCGAUUUGAAUGAUUCUUUCAGUGUUGGGUAGUCCAUUUAUCGAGGAAGGCUAUGGCUAUAGGCUAUGUUUUUUUUCAAAAUUAGGGAUCCGUAAUAAAAUUGCUAUUUUGUAACACAAGGUGUAAAAUCGAAAACCUAUUUUUGCGUGCGCUGCAAAAACUAUUGACAAUAGAACAAAAUGAUGUACAGGCUAUAAUAUAGGCAAUAUUUAAUUACUUAUAAAAUUAUCGCGUGAAUUAUACUUUAUAUGGUAAAACAACGUUUGCCGGGUCAGCUAGUUUUUUAUAUUAGUGAUUGAUAUCCAUUCUGCAUUUUCAUUACAUUGUAGGGGAGGCCCACUCAAAGCAGCGAUAUUAACAUUGAUUUAAAAAGGAGCUACUUUUAAAGAGAAUUUUAUAAUAAUAAAGAAUUUGUAAUUUAUCUGAAAACCAUAUUUUAGCUGUCAUACAGGCUGGUAAGUGCCACCACAACAUCGCACAAGAGAUGUAUUUUUGUAGAAAUAACAUCACUCAUAAUAAAGUAAAAAGCCAAAACUUUAAAAAACACAUGUUUGUUUUUUUAAAUACAUAAAACAAUAUUUUCUGCGAUCAUAACCAUUUUAAUUAUUUUAUCAGUCAUAGGUAAUACACUUUUUUAAAUAUUCUAUUAUUUUCGCAAUUUUCGUAUAAACUUUUUGAGUUAAUGUUUAAGCAGGGGAGAGUGCUACAGUACCUACAGAGUCUCAUUAAGGUUUAUCUACAAAAAAAGUAAAAAUACUUAACAUUACAUUUUGUAUACCUUCUGAUAUAUUUACAAGUACUAUUGUGCUUCAUGGUGAACUAUAAUAAACGCUGUGCGGUAUUUACUUUUUAGAUUGUAGGCUAGUUACCUGUUAUUCAGACAGUGAAAAAGUAGUAAAAAAAAAAUAAAGAACAAAGUACAAAAUAGGUUCCUUAUCUUUUUAGGGUCAAAUUAAAUUAGCUAGCGAAACUCCACAGAUGUGAUGGGUAUCGAUAUCGAUAUCUAAACUUGUGUUUGGUGAAUUUGGUCAAAAUAAAAUCACAGAGAGCGGCUGCGAAAAUUUUCUAAUUUUUCAUAAUAUGUACCGUCCAAGAUGGCGGCUGCAAACGUUUUGACAUUUUUCGUCAUGGGUAUCGUUUUUAAUGGUUUUUGGGAAUGUUAAAGCCGAUAGUGAAUUCGAAAUGAAAAUCCAAGAUGGCGGCGUCAAAAAUUUUGUUAUUUUUCGUCAUGGGUGUCGAAAAGUUUCAUGGUUUUUGAGGAUGUUAACCCUCUGUAACUCAUGACCUAUAAUUUUUUUGUGUUUAUUUGUUUCGUAAUAAUUGGAAAAAAAUAAAAUACACGUGUUUCAG